GAGCAGAGGCACUGGCAUGCAAGAUGGUGGCCACCAGGAGAGGGGUACGCUUGAACUCUUCAGCGAAAACAAACCUCGAUCAAUCCUCCGACGUCCCGGCCACUCCUUCUACUGGUCGGAGAACGAGGAGGGCUGCUAAACAAGCAGAGAGUCCUACCCAUCAUGCCCAGGUGGAGACCAGCAGCCAGCUUGAGAAAAGCGAGACAGGGCCUCCAGCUUCUCCACCGAGCUCCUUGAUGAAAAGAUGCACCAGAGCCUCCAGACUCCACAGUCCAGAGCAGCCCUGCACACCAGUGGGCUCCACCCAUGAAGGGGACAUUUCAGACCUGGAGUCUGGCUGCUCUACAUUGUCUGACAUUGAACCUACAGUGACACGCGCCAGAGGCAGGAGGAGAGCUCCCCGUGCAGUAAGUCAGGAAGAUGAGGAGAUAUCUGAGGUGGAGUCAUGCUCUUCUGCAGUAUCUGCAUCAAAAGCUGGCCAGAUUAGUCGAAGGAGCACAAGGAGGAAGACAGCUCCUGAAUGUUCUGACCUGGCUCUUGUUGGGGUGGGAGAUGUCAAAGUUGACCAGACGUUGGAGACUGAGUCCUGCAGCUCUGUGGUGUCUGAGUCCAAGAGAGUCACCAGAAGUCAGAGAAAAACUGCUCGCACCAGAUCGUCUGCUAGACCGCAGACUGAGGACUCAGAGGUCUCAGAUGCUGACAGCUGCGCGUCCAGUGUCUCUGGAGCUGAAGUUUCUAAGUUCUCCACCCGCAGAGCCACAAAAUCUAGAAGGAAAAUAAAUCUCAUCCCCCUACACUUAGAUGAGUCCUCUGAACGCUCUCACUCCCCUGCCCCAUCAGGUCGGCAGACGAGGGCAAAAAGAGGAAAGGCACCAACCACUGUAGAUGUCAGCGAGCCCCCAUCUUGUGAUUCUGAAGGUUUUGAGUCUGGGCCUACUUACAGUAUGACCACUCGUAGACGGGGCAAAUCCCAGUCCACAGGUCCCAAGGCUGUGGACUCGGACUCUGAGCUGACAGAUGUGCAUUCCCCAGUGGGCAGCCCCUGCUCCACACGAACCAGAUUAACUCCCUGCAGCAGCCGCACAGGUUCAGGAAGCAGUAGUCGAGGCGCUCCGGUCUCCAGACAUGCCGUCAAAGACCUUUGUCUUGUUGUAGAAAAAGCUGGAGAGCUGACGGAAGAGGACAGUUCAUUAAAUGAAUCUAGGUUAGAAAACACUGUCAUCGCUGAGGACGCAGACUGCACACUGUUGGAGGAACAUAUGAGCCAAACACUUGAAGAAAAAGAAGGUGUGAAAGGCACUGAUCUCAUAUCAAAGGAGGCAGGUACAGAAAGAGUAGAUGAGGGAGAAAAGGAAGUUGUUGUUAGUGAGCCUGCAGUGAUGGCCAAAGACCAGCAGGAGGAGCCAUCUGCUGAAAAAAAAGCCGGGGACACCUCAGAGAUGAAAACGAUGCAGGAAAUGAUCCGCUCAUCACAGCCGUUAAAACCUUGCCAAUCAGUUACAGUAACAAUAUGUGAGAAGGCUUCUGAAAUCACUGAAGAGAAGGGUGAAGCCAUGGAAGUAGCUGAUGUGGACACCCACUCAUCACAAGAGGAUAAGGCUGUGGAUGAGGAUGCAGAGGUAGAAAGCCGGCCUGGUGUGGAGGAGAAAAUGGAAGUCAGCACAGGGAAUACAGAUGCUCAGCAGGUGGUUGACUCUGGUGAGGUUCAAGUCAGGUCGAUUCAGGUAACAUCUAGCCGGCAGCACAAAAUCACAGUGGAUUCUGAUUCUGAAGAGCAACCUAAAGAUGUCAUUGUCCAGAAUACAAAAGUAAUCAGCCUGCUGGACAGCAGCGACAAUGAAGAUGAAUUUUCUGAGAAGGAAGAGAGUGACGUUUCUGAAGAGGAAGAGGAGGCGAAGGAUUUGGGGUACAGCAAGAUGGAGGAGAGAGGAGGACCUUCCAGGAAGUCUGAAGCAGCAGCUGAUUCAGUUGAAGGACUGUUUAUGAUUGACACACGGCCUGGACAAGAGGUCGAUGAACUUUACUACAAGGAGAGGCCGACAGAGGAGCAAGAGGAGGCCAGGAAUAGAGAAGCUGAACAGGAGGAGCAAGAUGAGGAGUUUGUGGAUGAGGAGGGGGAUGAUGAUGAUGAUGACGACCAAGAUGCAAAAAUCCUCUUCUCGAGUCGAAAUCCUCAGCUGAAGGAGUUGUCCAGCCGCAUUGACCCCGGCAUCAGAGUGAAGGAGCUCGGGGGUUUAUACAUCAAUUUUGAUGGCAGCAAAUCAAAACCUGUCUCCAGUUCGCUGCAAAAACUAAAGGAAAAGAAGACCCAAGAUGAGGUGAUGAAGAAGAGUGUGAUUGGACCAGACUUUGAAAAGAAGGACGCCGUGCCUCCAUACAGUGAAUCCAAACAAGCCUUAAAACUGAAACGCAGAGCAGAGAGAGAGAAAUCAACAGGAGAUGGUUGGUUUAACAUGAAAGCCCCCGAGAUCUCUCAGGAGCUGAAAGGCGACCUCCAAGUCCUGAAGAUGAGAGGCUCCUUAGACCCUAAGAGGUUCUACAAGAAGAAUGACAGAGAUGGCUUUUCCAAGUAUUUUCAGGUUGGUACAGUGGUGGAUAGUGCAGUCGACUUUUAUCAUUCCCGUAUUCCCAAGAAGGAGAGGAAAAGAACCAUGGUGGAGGAGCUGCUGGCUGAUGCUGAGUUCAGACACAACAACAAAAAGAAAUACCAGCACAUUGUGACAGAGAAAGCGGCUCAGGGAGCUGGCAAGAGGAACAAGAAGAAGAAGAAAUUCCAUAAGAAGUAAAUCUGAAGACUUUGAGUGGAUUUUCAUAGAUACUGGUAUAAAUUCCAGCACUUCAGCAGGAGUGGGGUUGUUUAUAUUUUGGAACCUAAACAUGAAGCUUUACUGAAUCCUUCUCAUUCACAACCCUACAUCUCUGAAGAUGGAUUGAGUUUAUGUGUCUACAUGAAAAAGCUGUCUAAAAAAAAAAAAAAAAGAUUAUACAAGGCCAGUGGAUUCCGCAAGGGUGAUAUAAAAAAUAGUCACUACUUUACAGUCAAUAUGAUGCUUAUAUGUACAACUGAAACAGCCAUUUUUAAACAAAUUGCUCUGCAUUUUCCAAAUAUUUUGCUGUGUAGUAAUUCAAAUAACAUUAAAAUAUUUUCUUUUGACUGGCA